AUGGGUGGAGCUUCGGCUAUUUCUCCAAGGUCGUCACAACCAAAUUUGGACUGUCAAUCGAAUUCUGAGCAAAGAUUCAAUGACCGCAGGCCUUCGUUGAAGAUCGAUGUGGCUCAGCAGAGGUCGUCAUACCAAAUUUUGGACUUAGCCGAGUCAACUCAACCAUCGACGCUACCUUUGGAUACAGAGGAGGAGAGAGUACAUUACAGAGGAGUCCGGCGAAGGCCGGGGGGCAAGUACGCGGCCGAGAUCCGAGAUUCGAACGGCGCGGGUCUAGAAAGCCCAAUAUUGUAUGGUGACAAGCUCUCCAAGGGCGAGAGUGUAGUCGUCAUCGAGUCCGACAACGCCGACAUGGACGUCGAGACCUUCUAUGACGGUUACUUGGCCGCCAUCAUGGUCGACGAAGGUGGUGUCGCCGCCGUCGGAUCCGCCAUCGCCCUUCUCGCUGAGAACGAGGAAGAAAUAGACGAAGCUAGAUCGAAGGCUAGCAAUUCGUCUACUUCGUCUUCUCCAUCUUCUUCGGCUGAAAUUUCAGAUUCGCCUCCUCCUCCGCCUCUGUUGUGGAAUGACAUGAAUGUUAAAGUGACUGCAACCUGUAUACGAGUUCCUGUUAUGCGUGCACAUGCUGAGAGCGUCAACCUUCAAUUUGAGAAGCCUCUUGAUGAGGUAAUGUUAUGA